AAAUGAUUUUAUAAACAAAAAAUAAUAAAAAAUAAUAAAGCAAAAAACAUUUGAAUGGAAAACAAUGGGAGAUUCAUUAGACUUUUUAACAAAAUAUCAUAAUAUAUCUAACAAACUAAAGAAACGAUUUUUAAGAAAACCAAAUGUUGCCGAAGCAAGUGAUCAAUUUGCGACAUUAGCAACUGAAUGUGAACAAAAGGAAUUAUGGCAAUAUGCAGGUUUAUGUCUAUUAGAUGCUGCUAGAUGUCAAGAAACAUUAGAGAAUAUUUUUUCUGAAUUAAAUUUCUUAAUAAAAGCUGGUCGAGAAUUUCUUGUGGCUGAUAAGAAAGAUAAAGAUAUAGGAUGCCCUUCUAUGGGACAGGAAAAUACACAGGCAGCAAUAAGUUGUUUUGGUCAUGCGUUAGCACGAUGUCAUAAUCAAAUAGGAUUCAAUACUAUGUCUGCUGGCUUAGCACUAGAACUAGCACUAGCUUUGGGUCCUACUCCAGCUGGCAUACAACAAUUAUGUAAAGCUAUUGAUAUUUUCCCAACUAUAAAAGCUAUUAAUACAUUAGUAUCUUAUCAUAUUAAGCAAGGUGAUUAUGUAUCUGCUUUACAAAUUUUGAAUGAUUUUGUUGAAUUUGUUGAAAGUUAUAUUAAUGUUGGUGCAAGAGGAAAUUACAGCGUUAUAUUACAUAGGUGUGAAGUAACUAGAGUGCUUUUAUUACUUAUACUUCAACCAUCACCACAAAGACUAGCACCUUGUUUAGCACAAGUCUUAGAGAAGUAUGCAUGGGUAGAAGAAACUACAAAUAAUGAUUUUAAUAUGUGUGAAGAUGAACUGUUAUUGUUACAAUCAUUAGUAUUGGCAUGUCAGUCACAUGAUUAUCAAGCAUUGAUGGAAUUAGAAGGGGAAUUGUGGAUUUAUCUAAAUGCUGAGCAAAAGGAAUUAUUACAUAAGUUAAUUCAAGUUUUAACAAUACAAUAAAUGGACAGUAUUAUAUUUAUAUGAAUAAUUAAGAAAUUAAGAAUAUUAAAGUUAUAAAU